GUAGAAGCAAAGCAAACCCACUUUCAAUUGACAACAGUUAAAAGAGUCUGGAACCGGACGCAGCCAAAGAGGCCGGACCUUCCAUUUCGGAUUUAUGUUGGUGCCAAUUGUCUUGUAAGUACUGAGACCGGGGUUUUGUUUGCUGCUCUAGAAGAUAGUAAACACUCAGAAAGGUAAUUAUUUUUUUUUUCCAGUUUCCAAAACCUCAAUGUCUCUCAGAAAACCCCCACUCCCUCGUCUUCUCCUCAAUAAUGUCUCUUGCAUGAGAAAUGCCCAACAAAUUCUGAGACAUGUAAACGUCUCUAUUCAUGAUGGUGGAGCACUGGUGCUAACCGGCACCAACGGGUCAGGAAAGUCUACUUUCCUCCGCAUGUUAGCUGGGUUUUCUCGACCAUCUGCAGGCGAGAUCUUGUGGAACGGUCAUGACAUUACACAAUCAGGAGUGUUCCACCAGUACAAGCUUCAGCUCAACUGGCUCUCCCUGAAAGAUGCUGUCAAAGACAAGUUCACAGUCCUCGACAAUGUUCAGUGGUUCGAAGUUCUUGAAGGGAAGCAGGGGAAUUCAUUGCCUGCUUUGCAGCUGAUGGGGCUCGGGCGUUUGGCAAAGGACAAGGCAAGAUUGUUGUCAAUGGGCCAGCGGAAAAGGCUGCAGCUUGCAAGGUUGCUGGCAAUUGAUCGGCCAAUUUGGUUGCUCGAUGAGCCUUCAGUUGCAUUAGAUGAUGAAGGGGUGAAGUUACUUGAGUACAUCAUUGCCGAUCAUAGAAAGAAGGGCGGGAUUGUGAUUGUGGCAACACAUCUACCUAUUAAGAUUGAAGAUGCCAUGUAUCUGAGGCUGCCACCAAGGUUUCCGAGAAGGAUGACAUUGGUAGAUAUGCUUGAUCGAACAGACUUCUAAUAUUAUCCUUAUUUUAUGUUCAUUUAUCACACUCAUUUGUUUCUCAUAAAACCCAGAGAAUACACCCUGCCAUUGCAGAUGAACAAAAAUCGUCUUUGGUUCUUUUUCUUCUUCUUCAACCUUUUUACUUGUAUCUCUGCAAAUCUUGAGCUCGGGAAACUGUGUUAUGGGACCGGUUCAGCAUUGAGUUGUACUCUGAUAGUAUGUUAUGAUUGACGCCUGCCUAAAUUAGUGGGUGGACUGCCCUUGAGUCAUA